CGCGACGCCAGCGUGGCCGAGGACGUGGAGUGGUACCAGGCGCUGGUCCGCAGCCUGGCGGAGGGGCACCCAUGGGUGCGCCGGGCGGUGCUCGCCCUCGACGCCCACCCGCUGGCCGCCAAGCCCCGGCUGAUGCUGCAGGCCACCAAGGGGGACGGGGAGAUCCUGCUGCAGGACGUCUCCGCCGCCGCCCCCAGUCUCGGCAACCUCAGCUGGGACAACGAGUGGUUCAACGCCCUCAAAUCCCAGCGGAACCCCCUCCUCCGCAAGCGCCUGCUCAGCAAUGACCUGCGCAGCAUGGAGACCCCCAAGUGGCAGCGGGGUGACAGCUACGUGGGGGAGCCGCGCCACGUGCGGUGGUCCCCACCAUUCCUCGAGUGCCGAGACGGCAAGUUCCUGCCCUCCUGGGCGGUCACGCUCUCCUCUGCCUUCUACGGGCUCAAGCCGGACCUCAGCCCGGAGUUCAAGGGCGUCGUGCGGGUGGACAUCGAGCUGCGGGACGUGGCCAUCGACCAGUGCUCCAGCGGGCCGGGCUGGUUCGCGGACACGCACCGCUGCGACCUCAAACGCAGGAUCCGGGCAUCGGGAGUCGUCCUCCUGGAGACGAUCCUCUUCGGGUCCCUCCUCCUCUACUUCCCCGUGAGUAUUCAGCCGUCACCGGGGGCUGAAAACCUCUGGCCUGGGGUUCAAAAGCGUUUGCAGCCUGGCCAGCUGCCCCCCCGCCCCGGGUUCAUCAUGGUCCCCUCGCUGCACCCCGACUGGACCCUGCUGCUCUUCUUCGCUCACACCCACGGCACCAUCACCAUGACCCUGGCGCUGCUCUUCAUCCCGAAGUUCCUGCACGCCGGCUCGCCGCUGCGGGAGGAGAUCGCGGCUGAGGUCUACGAGGACGAGCUGGACAUGCGGCACUCGGGCUCCUGCCUGAACAGCAGCAUCGCGUCCGCCUGGAGCGAGCACAGUCUCGACCCCGAUGACAUUCGGGGACCCCCCAAGGAAGCCGGGAAGCCCCAAAGCCCGGGUGCAGCUGAUGCCCUCUCGCCAGCCGGCUCCGUCCCCGCCGAGGGGUGCCCCCAGGAGGACAUGUCCCCCCUGGGUGAUGGCAAGGUGCAAAAACACGUCACCUACGCGCCCAUCAAGAGCAUCAGUGUCGACAGCUCCCACCUCCCGGGGCGGGUGAGGGUGGCAGUGAGGAGGACCCCACCGCCGCCCCCCGUCCGGUACCAGAGCCUGGAGGCGAUUGCUUCCCAGGAGGACAGCGGGGUCCCCUUGGGCAAGGAGAGCCCAGCCAAGGCGCUGGAGAAGGGGGGCAGCCAGCCCCAGCCCCUCGGUCCCGCGGGGAACCGGGACACCGAGAGGGUCCCUGCAAAGAGCCAGAGCGUGGACGUGGUCCCGGCUGCAGUGGGGACAGCCAGCAGCGCCAGGGGCAGGCAGGCAGGGGUCUGUCCUGGGGAAAAGCAGGCAGAUCCCAGAAUUAAAAUAGAAAUUUGCCCCUGGGAGGAGAGUGAAAGUGAGCGCUGGGGGCCAGGGAGAGCCCCGGGGAAGGGCAGCAGCAAGGGGGAUCCUGGCUACCCCGGAGAAGAGCCGAGAAUGGAGAAACCACCAGCAAAAACCCCAGAGCUGCCCAAAGCGGCUUUGAAGACAGCGGGCAGCGCAGAGGGCAGAAUGGCUGAGGUUGUUUGUCCGUGGGAGAGCGAGGAAGGGGAAAGGGCCACGAGAGCAGAAAUCUGCCCCUGGGAGGUGGAGGAGGCUCAGCCGGAGCAAGAGAAGCAGGAAGGUGAGAGGAGGGGGCUGGCCAAGUGGGUGAAGAGCAUCAGAACAAAAUCAUUGGUUUUGCUGAGAGCGCAGGAGAGCGGGAGCAGCCUGCAAGCGGCCGGCUGGCCCUGGGGCAGCACCAGCAGCGAGGGACCCCCACCGAAACCUGCUCCCAGAAGCUCUGAACUGCCAGAAGUGACCUCGAGGAGCCCGACAAGCUCACGGGCUUCGGUUUGUCCCUGGGAAAUGUCUGGAGAUGACAGUGAUGCAGAAGUUUGCCCUUGGGAAAAGAGAACAGCCUUUUCCGAUGCAGGAAAACUAGAUGAUGGUGAAGUUUCCCAGGUGAAAAAUGGGAUUUCCCCGCAGAGAGCAGCCCUGAGAGGCAGGAGAGAGGCAGCUCCGGCUGCAGAGAAGGGGAGCAGCCAGCGAGGAUCUCCCAGUUCCAGGGAAGGUGCAGAGCAGCCCGGUACAGAGCUCGUGGCAAAACACCCAGCUCUGUCCAAAACAUCCCCCAAGCAGGCAGGAACCACGGAUAGCAAGAAGGUCAGCAUUUGUCCAUGGGAAGAAGAGGAUGAGCCACUUCCUAAAACAGAAAUCUGUCCUUGGGAAGAGCCUGCAGCUCCAUCGGGGAAGGAGAGAUCCAGUCAGGACAUGCGUGGGACUUCCAAAGGGGAAAACAAACCAGGAUCCAGAGGACUUGAAGAUAUCAAAGCAAAGCUGGCAGAGAUGGGUCGCCGUCAGUCUGAGCGCAGGGACACCAGCAUCUUUGCAAAGCUCAUUAGGAAAAGCCUGGAGUGCUCAAAAGCAGAGUCCAAAACAUCCCAGAGCGUGCAGAGCAUAAAGGAGGUCUGUCCCUGGGAGAGCUUGGACACGGAGCAGCCCCCAGAAAAACCUCGUGCCAGGAGUCCAGUGCUGCCCAAAUCACCUUCAAAGAAAUCCCAGAGCGUGGAGAGCCUGAAGGCGGACAUCUGUCCUUGGGAGGUUCAGGAGCUCGAGUCUACCGAUAAAGCAGAAAUCUGCCCCUGGGAGGCAGCUGCUCCACCAUCAAGUAAAGAGAAAUCAAGACAGGACAAAGAUAGUCUGUCCAUGGGGAGCAGAAGCUCUCCUACAAGUCAAGGUCUGCACAAAGAGACUGGAGAUAGCACAGCUGGAAAGAAGGCAAAAGCGAGCACAGACCGCGAGUCCAUCUGCCCCUGGGAGAGCACGGACAUGGAGGGCCCCUCUGUGGAGUACCGCACAAAGAGCCCGGAGCUGCUGAAAGCCACCACUAAGAAAUCUGAGAGCAGAGGGAGCAUGAUGGCUGAGGUCUGUCCCUGGGAGAGUCUGAGCACAGAGCAGUCCCCAGAACAACCCCACGCCAGAAGCCCAGCACUGCCCAAAUCGCCUUCAAAGAAGUCCCAGAGCGUGGAGAGCCUGAAGGUGGAGAUCUGUCCUUGGGAGGUUCAGGAGCUCGAGGCCACCGAUAAAGCAGAAAUCUGUCCCUGGGAGGCAGCUGCUCCACCAUCAAGUAAAGAUAAAUCAAGACAGGAGAAAGAUGGUCAAUCCAUAGUGAGCAAAAGCCCUUCUAAAAGUCAAGGUUUCCGCAAAGAGACUGGAGAUAGUACAUCUGGAAAGAAGGCGAAAGUGAGCACAGACCGCGAGUCCAUCUGUCCCUGGGAGAGCAUGGACAUGGAGAACCCCUCCAUGGGGUACAGCACAAAGAGCCCAGAGCUGCUGAAAGCCACCACUAAGAAAUCUGAGAGCACGGGGAGCAUGAUGGCUGAGGUCUGUCCCUGGGAGAGCUUGGACAUGGAGCAGACCCCAGAAAAACCUCGUGCCAGGAGCCCGGCGCUGCCCAAAUCACCUUCAAAGAAAUCCCAGAGCGUGGAGAGCCUGAAGGCAGAGAUCUGUCCUUGGGAAUUUCAGGAGAUUGAAGCUGGUGACAAAGAGGAAAUCUGCUCCUGGGAGAUGGCUGCACCUCCCCCCGAUCAACCAAAGGCAAAGCAGGGUCCAGGGGGGGCUUCAAAGGGGGACAAGCGCAUCACGCGCCAGGCAGCGUUAGCCAGCCCGGUGAGAUGCCUGGAGAAGGGCAGCAGUGAGCGAGACGCCGUGUGUCCCUGGGAGAGCUUGGGCAUGGAGCAGUCCCCAGAACGGGAGAGCUUGGACACGGAGCAGCCCCCAGAAAAACCUCGUGCCAGGAGUCCAGUGCUGCCCAAAUCACCUUCAAAGAAAUCCCAGAGCGUGGAGAGCCUGAAGGCGGACAUCUGUCCUUGGGAGGUUCAGGAGCUUGAGUCCACCGAUAAAGCAGAAAUCUGCCCCUGGGAGAGCCUCAAAACUGCAAUGAGGAAAGAGCCAUCCAAGAAGUCCGACAGCACAGAGAGCAGGAAAUCUGAUAUUUGCCCCUGGGAAGCAGCAGAGCCCACUGGCUUGGAAAAGGAAAGCUUCAAACCAGGCAUGUGCCCCCAGGGAGCUGACAGAGCAUCCCCCACAGGGACGGGAAAGUCAAAGCCAGUGGCAGGAGCCAGUGCCAUGUCUCCAACAGCACUGCUGAAAAAAUUCAAGGGCAGAUCUUAUGGCGAUGCUGAGCACAAGCCCCUGUGCCGCAUGCUGCCAGGCAUCCAGUCCCUGUGGGUUCCCAGCGCAGAGCUGCUGCCUUGGGAAGUGAGCAUGGCUCCCGCGGCGGACAGCAGCCCCAGCCCCAGCGGUAGCGUAGCUGAGGUUUGUCCCUGGGAAGCAGAAGAGGCUCCACCAGCAUCUAGCAAAACCACCACAGACACGAGGAAAACCUCCGAGGUGUGUCCGUGGGAGGUGGAGAGCGUGGAUCCCUCCCCGACCCUCCACAGGCAGGGCAGAGCCGGGGCCAGUCCCCAGGACAGGGGCAGGGGGGCGAGUAAAGCCCAACCAGCCGUCUGCCCAUGGGAGGAUGAGUAG